ACAUCAAUAAUACAUACCAACAAUCAAUGAUUAAACUUGUAUAUCAUAUGUGAUAAUUAUAAUAGGCUAUAUUAUAUUGAGCCGUUUGGACUUCAAUGUACAGUUGAAUGCCAUUCGUGAAAAAGGGGGUAAUGCAGUUUCAGCCAGCAGGUGUCACUGCAGAGCGGGUGAGUGAUAAUUGACUUCAGAUAAUGAAACUAAACAAGGAAGAAAAACUAACUUGUAUGAAAAUGAAGAUAAGCACAAAAAUAAAGUUUAAAAGUUCCGAGUGAAUUAAUAAGAAGACAUGUGAGAUAUCUAACAACAGGCUGCAUCCAGUGCGAGUGAACUAACGACUACACUUCCCAGAAUGCAUUGAGCGGAGUUAAAGUGACGCUGGACACGUGUGGCUCUGCACGGACGCUGCUCCUACUGUAGGCUGGAAAUUAAGAACUUUGCACUCGCUGUUGCGCAAUAAUCGAGUUUAGAUCGAUCGCUGUGGAUCGAUCGGUGUCUAUGAGCGACCUGCGCAGCGAGAGGAGCCACGAUCCCCCCGGAGCUCGUCGCACCGCGCCGCUGGACUGCUGCGGAGGACUGGAUAACGUGGAUUACUCCAAGAUGGACUUGACGCUGAUGGAAGAACUCCUUAAGAACAUUGCCUUUUGUGACUCCAGCUUUUGUAUCGCCAUAAUUGCCAUCAUUUUCAACCCUCUCUUCUGGAAUGUGGUGGCAAGAUGGGAACAUCGUACACGGAGACUCUCCAGGCUCUUUGGCAGCCCUUACCUGGGCUGUUACUGCCUGGGCUUCAUCAUCAUUUUGCUCAACGUCUACCGUAGCCACAGUAUGACUGUAGCGAUGAAGUCCCAGGCCAGGUGGGAUGUGAUGGACAGGACCGAGGUCUUCUACACAGGGGUAGCUCUCAUGGGGCUGGGCACCCUACUGGUUGUCAGCAGCUUCCUCGCUCUGGGAUUCACUGGAACUUUCCUAGGUGAUUAUUUUGGCAUCCUGAUGGAUGAGAAGGUGACAGGAUUUCCCUUUAACAUCAUAGAAAACCCGAUGUACUGGGGCAGCACAGCCAACUACCUUGGCCUGGCACUCAUUGGUGCCAGUCCUGUUGGACUUGUCCUGACUGCCAUAGUAGCUGUGGUGUACAAGGUGGCAUUAAGAUUUGAGGGACCAUUCACCGAGCAGAUCUAUCAGGAGAGGAGUCAGCGCCACAAGCAUGAAUAAUCGCCUCGCGGACACUUCCUGUCGAGGAUUCCCAUCCUGUCACGGGGACAGAGCAAGCGACAGACUUCCCAGCAGCCUCGCUCACCAGUCCCCCUCCAACGUGGAUACAAAGACAAAGUUCCCACCACAGCUCUGUCCAGUUCAGUGUAAACUCUCAGCUCUCAACUGUCUUUAAAAGCUCUACUGUGCACAGCAAUUAUAACAUAACAAAAACCUAAAUAAUUCUGAAUAAGCUCUGGAACAGAAUAUUGGAACCACUCCACCUUAACAGAGACGAUACUUAUUUAGAGUCACUGGCACAGUUAGACUUGACCUUCAACCCACCUCCACCACAGUAGCUGACAGGUGGAAUCAUUGAAACACAUCAGUCCUUGACAUUAUGUUCUACUGUAACUUUUUACUGUUCACUUACUUCUUUAGGGAAAAAAUAAAUGAUGUUCUGUACAUGUGAGUGACCCAGUGAUGUGAACUACGUCUGUGAAUCUGUGAAGUAUCCUUUCCAGAUGUUUUACUAUGUGGACACAAAGAGCAUUUUGACUUGCACUGUUAUUUUUUACAACAUUGCCACAAGUUCUCAAUCAAUUACAGCAGGGCUUUCCAAACUUUUUAAACCCACCAUGCAUGAGGCAUGCAACCUCCAUUCGCCAUUCUAACAAAAUGAUCUGCCAACCCUCCUGCGUCAGACCCCACAAGGGACCAUGGUUUAAAAACCACUGAAUUACACUGCCGCAGUUUGUCCUUUAGACACAACAUGAUGACGACAUUUAUAUACAACAUGUGCAAGAUUUCAUAUUUUUGAAAAUGACAUAAUCCUGGAUCAACUGGUGUGAGUUAAAACAAAAAAUAAAGAGUUGAGUUGAAGUUUUCAAUAACUCUAAAAUGGUAAUUCUGGUGUUAAUUAUACAAUGUAUUGUUUUACUUUUUUGUUGUAACUACAUGAUUUAAUGUAGUUCAAUGUUAAUUAGAACACAGUGUAACUCAUUAUUCGUUCUGCUCGAGGUUUCUACGUGUUCCUUGUCACUGUAUAAAUGGAAUAGACUUGAUAAUGUCAUGACGUAUGACGUGAAUCCUUUCAAAUGACAAAAGACCUACACCAGUGAUAGCUUUAUACUUUGUACCUAUGCAAACCUUUCUGAACUCAACAAGACACAUUGCCUGGUGAUGUACUGUGUAUUGAUGGGAAGAUUUUGUGGAAUAAAAGUUUCAGCAG